AUGAGAUUUCAGCCUAUUUUUUGUGCAUUUUUAAUUUUCAUGAUGAGUCUUCUUCUUAUCAAGGGACAGAGACCAGGUAAUUUGGCCCUGAGAAGAAAACUAUGCGGACACAACUGCUUUCAGCGGAGAUGCCUGCCACUCCAUUCCCUGGUACCCUUCCCCUGA